AAAAACUUGGAAGGACCAAAUGUACACUCUCUCCUACCAAUUUUGCACUCUCGUAUCGUGUGGAUUAAAUUUGCAAUUUCAUCAACUUGUCCAUAUAUAUGCAUCUUCGAAUUCGUACGCUACUUAUUUAUCUGACUGGCAACUCGCGUCAAAUUCUGUAUGUUUGCAUUUGUGAACUGAUAAAGCCAAAGCAUUCACAUCUGGAGUGCUGUUCCAUUUCCAUUUAAUCUCCAUUCUGUCCAAUGAUCGACCUUUUCACUUUCCCAUUUCAAGAAUUUAUCUCAAGACGCUGCUCUUUCACUUGAUAAACGUUUGCUCAUUCGUCAGUAUUUGAAGAACCUGAAAAACUUGACUCGAAUCUACUGUUAGAGUUGCUCAUUCAUUGCAAAGAUUUCGUUUUGGAAUCUCGUGACUGUCGAGCUUCAGCUGCUGAGUUCUUGAAGGAUAUUUCUUCCAAUUCGCCAUGGAUGAGGACAGUGAAGUUGAACUUUUGCAAAGAUAUCGACGGGACAGGCGGAUUCUCCUAGAUUUCAUACUUUCUGGUAGCUUGAUAAAGAAGGUUGUAAUGCCACCAGGUGCUGUGUCAUUGGAUGAUGUGGAUCUGGAUCAAGUCAGUGUUGAUUAUGUCCUCAACUGUGCCAAGAAAGGUGAUAUACUUGAACUCUCAGAGGCUAUUCGGCACUAUCAUGAUGGCACUUUUUUCCCCAGCAUGAAUAAUGCAGGUUCCUCAGAUGAAUUCUUUCUAGUCACAAAUCCUGAAUCUUCAGGUUCUCCUCCACGAAGGGCACCCCCGUCUGUCCCUGCUGUGGCCCCAACACCAAUUUUGUCGAGCCUUUCGGUUUCAGAACCUUUUGAGAGUGAACAAGCUGAGGAAUCACCAAGCUUGUCCAAUUCCCAGUCACUUAGCUCUACACAGUUUAAGGAACUAACCGUGGAUGACAUUGAUGAUUUUGAAGAUGACAUUCUGGAGGAGGAUGAAAGCCGUAGAUAUUCCAGGAGAGUUCUGAACGAUGCAUCUGAUGUCGUUUUGGGAUUGCCUUUGUUUGCUACUGGUAUUACAGAUGAUGACCUCCGUGAAACUGCUUAUGAGAUCCUCCUUGCAGCUGCUGGAGCUUCAGGGGGGCUCAUUGUUCCAUCAAAGGAAAAAAAGAAGGAUAAAAAAUCUAGAUUGAUGAAGAAGCUAGGGCGAAGUAAGAGUGAAAAUGUUGUGCAGUCACAAAAUUCUCAUGGUUUAGUUGGUCUGUUGGAGACUAUGCGUGUCCAGAUGGAGAUUUCGGAGGAAAUGGACAUCAGAACAAGACGAGCACUUCUCAACGCCAUGGUUGGGAAAGUUGGAAAAAGAAUGGACACUCUGUUGAUCCCAUUGGAGUUGCUAUGUUGCAUAUCACGUACGGAAUUUUCAGACAAGAAGUCUUACAUUAAAUGGCAGAAAAGACAAUUAAAUAUGUUGGAAGAAGGACUUGUAGAUCACCCCGUUGUAGGAUUUGGAGAAUCUGGGAGAAAAGCAAGUGAUCUGAAGGUUCUUCUGGGAAAGAUUGAGGAAUCUGAGUCUCUUCCGACAGCUACGGGAGAUCUUCAAAGGACAGAAUGCUUGAAAUCUCUGAAGGAUGUUGCUAUUCCACUAGCAGAGAGGGCUGCGAGAGGUGAUUUAACUGGCGAAAUAUGCCAUUGGGCAGAUGGUUAUCACCUAAAUGUCAGAUUGUAUGAGAAACUAUUGCUCAGUGUCUUUGAUGUUUUGGAUGAGGGGAAGCUUACGGAGGAAGUGGAAGAAAUGUUGGAGCUUUUCAAGUCAACCUGGCGUAUUCUAGGAAUCACAGAAACUAUUCAUCAUAUGUGCUAUGCAUGGGUGUUAUUUCGGCAGUUUGUCAUAACAGGCGAGCAAGAUAUUCUGCAGCAUGCUAUUGACGAGUUGAAGAGAAUACCUUUAAAGGAACAACGGGGCCCACAGGAAAGGUUGCACCUGAAAAGCUUGAGUUGCAGAGUUCAGAAUGAGAAGGGUCUUCAGGAGUUGACUUUCUUGCAAUCAUUCCUAUUACCUAUUAAAAAAUGGGCAGAUACACGACUGACCGAUUACCAUCUCUCUUUUCCUGAGGGGUCAAAAAUGAUGGAAAAUGCAGUAGUUGUUGCCAUGGUUGCUCGGAGGCUUCUUCUUGAAGAACCUGAGUCGUCUGCAUCUGCCACAGACAGAGAGCAAAUAGAGAUAUAUGUGUCAUCUUCAAUCAAGCUCGCGUUUGCCAGAAUCACACAGGAUAUCGAAACGUUGUCUGACACAAUGAAUGAACAUCCUUUGGCCUUACUUGCUGAACAUACAAAAAAGCUAAUGAAAAAAGAAAUGAGUGUGUAUUUACCCAUACUAUCCUUGCGGCUUCGCAACGCAAAUGCUGUUUCUGCAUCUCUCAUUCACAAGUUUUAUGGCAUGAAACUGAGACCAUUCCUUGAUAGUGCUGAACAUCUUACUGAGGAUGUUGUAUCUGUGUUUCCGGCUGCUGAUAAUCUCGAGAAAGAUUUGGUAGCUGUCAUCACAUCUACAUGUGAAGAGGGAUCUGCAGAGGCUUAUCUCAAGAAACUAAACAUGUAUAAGAUUGAGACCAUCUCUGGAACAUUGGUGUUGCGAUGGGUCAAUUCGCAACUUGCCAGAAUAUCGGCCUGGGUUGAACGAGUUCUUCAACAGGAGACAUGGGUGUCAGUCUCAGCUCAGCAAAGGCAUGGAAGUUCAAUUGUUGAGGUCUACAGGAUUGUGGAAGAGACAGUUGAUCAAUUCUUUGCUCUUACUGUUCCAAUGAGGCCGACAGAGUUAAGUAGUCUCUUCCGUGGUAUUGAUAAUGCAUUCCAAGUAUAUACCAAGCAUGUUCUUGACAGCCUAGCUGACAAGGCGGACAUAAUUCCCCCUGUGCCGACUCUCACACGAUACAGGAAAGAAGGUGGGAUUAAAGCUUUCGUGAAGAAGGAACUAACAGAUACAAGGCUGCCUGAUGUUCGAAAGUCAAGUGAUAUCAAUGUUUCAACCACACAAACGCUUUGUAUUCAACUGAAUACCCUUUAUUAUGCGAUUACGCACUUGAAUAAAUUGGAAGAUAGCAUUUGGGAAAGAUGGAACAAAAAAAAUCACAUUCAGCCUCAGCCAACAAAAAGAUCCGCUGAAGAUAGCUUGAGAAAAUCCAUUCGGAAGGACAGUUUUGAUGGAAGCAGAAAAGAUAUCAAUGCAGCUAUUGACCAAAUCUGUGAAUUUACUGGAACUAAAACAAUUUUCUGGGAUUUGAGAGAACCAUUCAUUGACGGCCUCUAUAAGCCAAGUGUCCCCCAGUCUAGGUUCGAAACCCUGGUUGACCCUCUUGACAUGGUACUCAAUCAGUUGUGUGAUAUCAUAGUGGAGCCCCUUCGAGACCGUGUCGUGACCGGACUUCUUCAAGCAUCAUUGGAUGGCUUGAUCCGUGUAUUAUUAGAUGGUGGGCCAUCACGUAUGUUCACUCCAGCUGAUGCUAGGCUACUGGAAGAAGAUUUGGACGUUUUGAAGGAAUUCUUUAUUUCUGGAGGGGACGGUCUCCCUCGAGGAGUUGUGGAAAACCAAGUGGCACGUGCCCGGCAGGUGAUUAAGUUGCAUGGCUAUGAGGUUAGUGUUGUUAAUAUUGUUUUUCCUUUCCAGUUUAGACACCAACUGGUGAGAUCAGUUUUACCGAAACCAGCUGAUAUUAGAGUCAUUGGAGAUUUUGCGACUCGGGAGCUGAUAGAAGAUUUGAGAUCAGCAAGUGAGAUGGAGAUGCAAGGCGGGAGGAGUAAAUUGGGUGCCGAUACAAAGACACUUAUAAGGAUUCUCUGUCACAGGAGUGAUUCAGAAGCUUCUCAGUUCCUCAAGAAACAGUACAAAAUCCCAAAAUCUGCGGCUUAGUAUUCAACGGAAAAUGUACUGUUAUCAUCCUUGUGUUUUGUUCUGUUUCUUGACUCGACGAAAAAUGUGCUGUUAUCAUCCUUGUACUUUAUUCUCUUUCUUGAUUUUUCCCUUUAUCUGUUCCUUUUUCCUAGGAAAAAUGUACCCAGGCAAUCUAUGAUUACUCAAAUUGAUUUUAUCUUUGAAGAUAAAUGGAAAACUGGUAAAAAAAUUCGUUUAAAGGGUCAUUUUUCCUAAUAGCAAUAUGCUAGCUUAGUUGCAGCAAUUUAAAUUUCAAAAAAAUUGUGACGCAAUGUAUGAAAUAUUUCCG